AUGUGCGUGGUCGAAAACUCUUCGAGCUAUCGCUUUCCAGAGUUUCCGGGCGGGCAGUUGGCAGGGUUUGGCUCUACGCAUGUGCGUGGUCGAAAACUCUUCGAGCUAUCGCUUUCCAGAGUUUCCGGGCGGGCAGUUGGCAGGGUUUGGCUCUACGCAUGUGCGUGGUCGAAAACUCUUCGAGCUAUCGCUUUCCAGAGUUUCCGGGCGGGCAGUUGGUCGUUCUACCAUCCCAGGAUUCAAUUUGAUAAGCCUUCACUGAACUUACUCAAUAGCAAGACACCCUUCCCCAGGAUCACACUGCUACCAUAAAUUUAGUUACCUUGGAUACCAGGACAUGAAGAACUCUAAUAGUGAGAAUUGCAAUUACUGUCACAGCAGAAGUAUUAUUAUAAUGAAGGGUUCAGUGAAGAAAGAAUUGCAGGCACAGAUAAUGCUAACAUACUUAUCAUCACUGCCACUCAAGGAGUCAAGGGAAAUCACUAUGGACAUUUGACUCUUUCCAAUUUGAAAAGGCUUUGCCAUCCACUUGUCAUGAAGAAAAUGCUCCUUAAUUGGGCGUGCUGCUACUGCAAUUCAUACAAACAUUUUUAUGGCCUUUCAUGAUUGUAAAUGAUCAAGUAUGAAAAUACAUAAGAGAUACUUGCUAUUUCUUGAAAUGUUUAUUAUUUUAAUCCAGAUGCAAGAUCUAUUCUGAUAGCGAACUAAUUCCAAUGUAUUUAUUGUAAAUUGUGUUUUAUUUCUUCACCCAGUUUACAUCUAAAAUGCAAUUAUAAUCGUUUAAUGCUGCAUUAAUGGCUGUACUUCCU